AACAAAGAGAGCUGACCUGUUCUCCCCUCCUCUCGCUCCUCGAAACCUGAAGCAACAAACGGGACGGGUUGAAGGAUGAAGAAGUUUCGGAAGGUGUUGGACGGUUUGACCACCUCCUCUCCGGGGGGGACUAUUGGGUCUCCGUCGUGCGGCAGCGCGGCCGGGACUCCCACCGCGGCACCGACUCCCAGAGAAAUUGACGUGCAAGAGACGCUAACGUCGGACAACUUUCAGCUGUGUAAGACGGUUCGUCACGGUUUCCCUUAUCAGCCCACAGCUUUGGCCUUCGACCCCGUGCAGAAGAUUCUUGCCAUCGGUUCAAGAUCAGGUGGUGUACGAAUACUGGGACGGCCAGGGGUGGACUGCUUCUGUCAACAUGAGAGCGGAGCCGCCGUUCUCCAUCUUCAGUUUCUCAUCAAUGAGGGGGCGCUGGUCACAGCCUGUGCAGACGACACGCUGCACUUGUGGAAUUUACGCCAGAGACGGCCGGCUGUCCUGCAUUCCCUCAAAUUCAACAGAGAGAGGAUCACAUUUUGCCAUCUUCCCUUUCAGAGUAAAUGGCUCUAUGUGGGAACAGAGCGUGGGAACACACACAUUGUCAACAUUGAGUCUUUUAUUUUGUCUGGGUAUGUCAUCAUGUGGAACAAGGCCAUAGAACUAUCAACCAAAACUCACCCAGGACCUGUAGUUCAUUUGAGUGACAGCCCGAAGGAUGAAGGCAAGCUGCUUAUAGGAUUUGAAGCUGGGACCAUUGUUCAGUGGGACCUUCGUGCCAAAAAGGCGGACUUCAGAAUCUACUAUGAUGAGGCCAUCCAUUCGGUCAGCUGGCAUCAUGAAGGCAAGCAAUUCAUGUGUAGUCACUCAGACGGCAGCUUGACGCUGUGGAACCCCAGAAACACCACCAAGCCAUUCCAGGUCACCUUCCCUCACGGAAAGAUCCAGAAAGAUGGAAGGAAGGAGUCAUGUAAACCGAUUCUCAAAGUGGAGUACAAGACCUCAAGAAGCAGCGAGCCUUUUAUUAUCUUCUCUGGUGGCCUUUCAUACGACAAGGCAGGACGACGGCCAGCUUUGACCAUCAUGCAUGGCAAAGCCAUCACCGUGCUGGAGAUGGGCUAUCCUAUCGUAGAGUUCAUGGUACUCUGUGAGACUCCAUACAAUAACGAGGUCCAAGAGCCCUACACUGUGGUGGUUCUGCUGGAAAAGGACUUGAUCGUAGUGGAUCUGACACAGAGCAGUUUCCCUGUGUUUGAGAACCCGUACCCCAUGGACAUCCAUGAGUCUCCAGUUACCUGCACAGCCUAUUUUGCUGAUUGCCCACCCGACAUCAUCCCAAUCCUUUACUCUAUAGGAGCUAAACACAAAAAGACCGGCUACAGUCAUAAGGAGUGGCCAGUUGGAGGUGGGACAUGGACGUUGGGCUCUCAUACCUAUCCAGAAAUCAUCAUCACAGGGCAUGCUGAUGGGUCAAUAAAAUUUUGGGAUGCGUCUGCAUUCACACUGCAGAUGUUGUACAAGCUGAAAACCUCUAAAGUGUUUGAGAAGCCAAAGGCAGGCGAGGGCCGAUCUGCCGAGAUGGUGGAAGAAGACCCCUUUGCCGUUCAGAUGGUCAGCUGGUGCCCUCAGAGUCGCAUCUUCUGUGUGGUCGGCAUCUCCGCUCAUAUCAUUCUGUAUCGCUUCAGCAAAUACGAUGCCAACACUCAGAUAGUGUCACUAGAAGUGCGCUUGCAAUGUGAGUCCGAGGAUGUCAUCACUCCAUCUGAGAAUGAAAAUUAUCCCUGCUUCUCAGAGCAAGGUUCACACUCACCCCAACCACACCACCAACAUCCAGUGAGUCCAGGUAGCAGAACGCCAGAGGGGGCCAAAGACCGUGGACCCUGCCUCAAAGUAAAGGAGCGGGUUGUUCGAGUCCCUCCUGGUUACCAGUCAGACCUGGUCAUCCAGCUGCUGUGGGUAGAUGGAGAACCACCCCAGCAAAUCACCAGCCUAGACAUCAAUUCUGCAUAUGGGCUCUUGGCGUUCGGGAACUGCAACGGGCUGGCGGUGGUGGACUAUCUGCAAAAAACAGUUAUCUUGUGUAUGUCGACUGUGGACCUGUACGGAGCCACUGACCCCUAUCAGCGCCUUACUCGUUCCCCCCGCAGGAACAGACAGUCCACCUCAGAGCAUUGCAUGCGCGGCCUGUCUAACUUUUAUUCAGAUUCCAAGAAAAGGAUCCGUACAUCCUAUCAGAGCCUUACUGAACUCAACGACAACCAGCAGUCCGUCGACAUGGAGAGGAGCAAGUCUCCAACUUCAGUUCAUUACCCAACCUCCCUUCACAAUGACCCGCGCGUCCUGCCCGAGCCUGUGGCCAGUCUGAGAGCCAGCCACUGCAGUCCAGUCUUUUACUUACUGGACAAUGUAAAGGGACCAGGCAGAAAGUUAAGUCUGCCCACAGAUCUUAAGACUGAUCUUGCCACACACUCGGUCCCACGAGGACUCCACAUUAGCGCAGGACAAAGCCUCCAACAAACGCAGUCCUUCUGGGAGAAGUCGUGUAAAGUCACCAAUCCAGGGGAUCAUGUCAAUGGACAUUGCACUAGCCCCACCUCUCAGCCCUGCUCAGCGGGGAAGCCUCGCAUUCCAAUGGGUCCCGAGGGACCACGGCUUACCCGCAGAGGCCCUGGCCGACCACCCUUCCGCAAGGCCCAGUCUGCUGCUUGCAUGGAGAUCUCUUUGCCUGUGUCCCACACUGAAGGCCAUGCAUCCAGGAGGGCAAUGCUUCAGCAGUUACAUGGAGUCACUAUGUACUCCCACGACGAGCACCACACCACCUCCUACUGCUGGAAUGAGAGAGAGAGUCGCGAAAACUCCUUCAGCCGCUCGCGCAGCUCCAGCGUGUCGAGCAUUGACCGGGACACCAAGGAGGCCAUCACAACUCUACAGUUUGGAGAGUCGUACGGACGCAAAAGCGAUGUCCUGCCGACACCGUGUCUGUGGGUGGGCACUAGUUUAGGCAUGGUCCUGCUCAUCCCACUGUCCAUCCCCACCGACCACGAGGAAAGGAUGGAGGAGGCAGUCACUGUUGGGCCUAGUGGAGCUGUCCAAAUGCUGAAGGGCUCUAUAUUACGCUUUGCUUUCCUGGAUUGCAUGGGAGCUCUCAUUCAGAGUCCAUACGAGGUUUGGCGGGACUUAAAUGCCCCUGAGGACCCGGACCGACCGCGGAGGCGCAAGCUGGUCCACUUUUCACCAUCAUCCUCCCAGGAUGCCAAUGGAGACGGACAUUUGGCUGUUGUGUGCUCUGAGAGACAGGCCAAAGUCUUCUUGAUGCCCUCGCAGGCUUGCCUCUUUGUCCACAACAUCACAGAGUCGUCCUUUGUGCUGCGAGCUGACGUGGUAUCUGUGUGCAACAGCGUGUGCCUGGCCUGCUUCUGUGCCAACGGACAUGUCAUGACUCUCAGUUUGCCCAGUUUAAGACCGCUCAUGGAUGUCAACUACCUGCCUCUGACAGACAUGCGCAUUGCAAGAACAUUCUGUUUCACCAACGGGGGGCAGGCACUGUAUCUCAGUUCCCCCACAGAGAUUCAGAGAAUCACAUACAGCCAGGAGAUGUGUGACAACCUGCAGGAAAUGCUCGGAGAGCUCUUCACCCCAAUAGAAACACCAGAAGCCCAGAACAGAGGGUUUCUAAAGGGCUUCUUUGGAGGAAAUGCCCAUGCAUUCGACAGAGAGGAGCUCUUUGGUGAGGCUGCCGCUGGGAAGGCUUCCCGAAGUCUGGCACAGCACAUCCCUGGUCAGGGAGGGGUGGAGGGCAUGAAGAUGGCAGCAGGGGGAGCGGUUGGGGAGCUGGCACGAGCUCGCAUUGCUUUAGAUGAGAGAGGCCAAAGGCUGGGAGAGCUGGAGGAGCGGACAGCCCUGAUGAUGACCAGUGCAGAAUCCUUCUCUAAGCAUGCUCAUGAGCUGAUGUUGAAGUGCAAGGACAAGAAGUGGUACCAGUUCUAAUAGCGGGACAGAUGAAGGAGGCUACCUGCUUGGAAAUUAAUGCUGCAACCGGACUUUCACUUUAAAAAUGAAAGUAAUUAGAGGAGACACAAGCGUGACUUUGUCUUUACGCCUUCUGGGACUGGCUGUGUGUGCGGCGCUGUCACGUUGAAGACGGGCUUGUUCCUCGUCUGGACUGGCAGUGAUGUGAGUUGUGAAAGGUUAACAGGUCUAAAGAGGGAACGAGGAACAUCUGACAUUUGUGUUUGUGUGUGUGUGUGUGUGUGUGUGUGUGUGUGUGCGUGCGUGCGUGCGUGCGUACGUGCGUGCGUGCGUGCGUGCGUGCGUGCGUGCGUGUGUGUGUGUGUGUGUGUGUGUGUGUGUGUGUGUGUGUGUGUGUGUGUUAGUCGGAGUGGUUGGAUUUUCUGGACCUUGCUGUGUAGAUACUCACAAGUUAAGAAACCAUCAAGAAAUGCAUGAAACCACAAUGGAUGAGUAUUAAAAAUAUACAACUGCCAUAUUAAAAAGCAGCAUGCUACUUUAACAGGAGAUUUGAAAUGAAAAAAUAUUUAUAAUGUAAGUCAACUACAGAAACUUAUGAAAAGCGUUCUAUUUUUUUGAGAUACUGGCAAAAAGACUAUAUAUAUAAAAAGGGAAAUGUAUACCUGCAUUGCUAUUAAGCCAAAACCUGUUAAUUUCCCUUUAUUUUAAUUUAUUUUUGUUUAUUUAUUUAUUUAUUUUAUUUUAUUUGGUCUCAGCAAGCAGUACUUGACAAUAUAUAAAUGCACAUGAUUAAUAUCUACACACAGAGAAUACUGUUAUACUCAAAGUUUGUUCCUCCACCAGUUAGGGCUGCACAAUACAAAUGAAAACCUGUAGUGAUGCCACUUAACUCUGCAAAGUCUACUGAACAACAUGCAUUUUUCAGCUGCUGCUUGCAAGCGCGGUGAUGAGGAAUAUCUCAUCAUCUAUGUGAAGACUGCGACCCGGUGUGAGACAAACGCAGAAUGUGUAUACUGGAUCAUGUUUGAGUCUGUUGUACAAACCUGUAUACAAUUCAUGUGCCAUAGAAAUCGAGACGACUGAAUCUCCACUGCAAACUUACUAAAGAGCUAAUAUGUGGGAAGCACGGUGAAAGAAAUGAGGUAUAACACAAAGGGCAUCACUCGUUUACUUCAGUAAAAAAGAAAUGUGUUCCAUUUAUGUCCGUAGCUGCUUUUUGUCCAUUGUAAACAUUUCGUGAGACGACUUUUUUUUAUUUGCUAAGUCAUUUAAAACUAAACAACUAUAUUUGCCACUUUUGCUCAAUGCACCAUUGUGCAAACCCAGUGUUGAACCCCAGUAGUCCUCGACCCACGGUGAAGGUCAACACAUGAUGACUGGAGUUGCGUCACUGUCCUCGCUCCCAGAUCUCCCGUGAGUUGUUUUCUUUUCACUAAGUGGUUCAGGGAAAGUAACAUUAUCUGUGGUGAUGUUCAGAAAUCAAGUUGGUAAAGAAGCUGUGCACGUGCGUAAAACGUCCACAGCAAUUUCAACUUGAAGCAAAAAUGUUUUUUUCCUUCUCAAUAUUGUUCUGACUAUAUCUUUGUGUCAGAGUCUUUAUAUUUGAUGGUCUUCAAAAUGAAGGCGUGUGUGUUUUUGAAAAAACGUUUCAUGAUACAUGGCUGUGCAUCAAGUUGUGAUUGUGUUGUAAGUCGGUGGGUAGCCACGUGACAGACUGAGGAGGGCGUUUUGUACUUGUGCAGCUGUCUGUAUUUUAAACAUGUCUGGAAAAAAGGACUGUCAUCUCUCACACAUUGGUUCUUUAUGCACAUGAGCAUCAGCCCAUCCAGUAUGAAGUGAAGCGCCUUGGUCUUGUACGUGACUCUCUCAUACGCACCUGACAUACCCCAAAAUAAAAUUUAAAAAGUCCAUCAUCACAUGUCGGGCUGCUGAGACAUUCCUUAGAAUUAAACGGCCUUCUUUCGUGUGUACUUAAACAUAGUCGACCUGAAAUCUCAAAGCCGAGCUGUGUGUGUGUUUCAAAUAGCUACACAUAAUUGGAUUCAAAGCUUUAAUUAUGUCAGAAUAUUAACAAUACAUUUCUCUUCUAUCUCUGUACCGUCAGUGAGAUUUGUGUUCAGUGCAGUUCUUUCAGUGGCAGAGAAAACACACAAAAAAUAAAACUAAAAUAAAAUUUACCAAAAAAAAUGUUGUAAAAAAAUGCAAAAAGAAAAACUUCAAACUUCUGCUUACAGGGUGUUUUGUUAGUCUGUUGUUUUGGUUUCUAUGUUUUUGGUUUUUAUAUUAACUGUACAGUUUAACUUUGGGUUAAAAUGUAAAAAAAUAAAAUAAAAAAGAGACUUGGGAUAUUUUCUGUAUAUGUUGUACCUGUUACUGCUGGUACUGUACUAUCUGGUAUUGCUCUGUCUAAAUCACUGGAACUAUGUACGGUAGUUCUUCACACUGUAGUAUGCUGGAAAAGCAUUGAUUUGAUUUGACUUAAUAACGGCGAGAAAUCUUGUCUAAUUUCAGCUGACUCUACCACUUUUUGUUCUACUUGAUAUAUUCUAGUGUAAUAGAAAUUCCUUGAUGAAAAAUGUCUUAAUAUGUUGAUGCAAAAGCAAACUGAAAUAAACAUUGAUUGAUGUAAACAUUGGAAA